AUGAAUACAUUUUUGUCUGCGACAACUAAUAAAGAGGUUGCAUUGAUUUUUGCAGGCGGUGAGAGUACAAAAGAUACCAACUCGGUGUUAUUCGAAAUAACGAUUGCUGAUACGUCACCAACACCAUUUGCAAACAUUAAGGAAUUUUCACAGUUUCAAGAUGAAGAGGAAUAUUUAUUUUCAAUUAGAACUGUAUUUCGAAUAUCACGAGUCGAAUUCAAGGAUGAAAUUUGGGUUAUUAAAUUAAUAUUGGUGGGUGCUGAUGACGGAAAACGAAAAACAAUAAUCAAUGAAUAUCAUUUGGAGCGUCCUUGGAAGUUAUCAGAAAAAUAG